GGGGGGUGGGAGGCCAUGGCGGCCCUGCGGGGGAAGAGGGGCCGGGGUUUCUUCAGAGCUGCGGUGAUGGGGGGACGGGAAGGGUCCAUCUCCAGGGCUUGAUAUGACACUUCACCAUGAAAAGACUCAGCCAUGGCAGGCAAAACCAAAAAACCCAAGGGUGGCAAAGACAAAAGCUCCAAAAAGGGUGCAACUAAGGUUGUGAAACAAGUGGAUCUCUUCAGCCCAGCUGCCAUGCUCAACGCUUACUACAUCUCUCACAAUGCCGCUGCCUUCCUGGAAUUCCGGGGCCACCCCUGGCCUGGCUCUCUCAAAAAGAAGGGGAAGAAAAAGAAGUGAGAACCAAACUCCCUGGUGAACACUCAGCUGUGAUUAAACCCGCCCCGAGCUCGGCAGUGAUCAGCUCAAAUA